UAAUCAUUCUGCAACUCGUCUUUCACUUCCACACAGAUCAAUGGCAACCGCCAUCUCCACCAUUGGAGCUGUCAACCGUGUUCCAUUGAGCUUUAAUGGAAGCACUGGUAGUGCUGCAGUCCCAAGCUCCACCUUCUUGGGCAGCAGCUUGAAGAAGAUAGUGAACUCAAGAGUGAGCAGCAACAACAACAACAAGUCUUUCUCCUUCAAAGUAUUGGCAGCCGAGAAGGAGAUAGAAGAAUCCCAACAAACCGAAAAAGACAGAUGGAAGGGACUUGCAUACGAUAUGUCCGAUGAUCAACAAGACAUCACCCGAGGCAAGGGUAUGGUCGAUUCGCUCUUCCAAGCUCCCCAAGACGUGGGAACCCAUUUCGCCGUCAUGAGUUCAUACGAAUACAUCAGCACUGGUCUUCGCACGUACAAUUUGGACAACAUGAAGGAUGGAUUCUACAUUGCGCCUGCUUUCAUGGACAAACUAGUUGUUCACAUCACCAAGAACUUCUUGACUUUGCCCAACAUCAAGGUUCCUUUGAUUUUGGGUGUGUGGGGAGGCAAAGGGCAGGGCAAAUCUUUCCAAUGUGAGCUUGUGUUUGCCAAAAUGGGAAUCACGCCCAUUAUGAUGAGUGCCGGAGAACUGGAAAGUGGAAACGCCGGAGAACCAGCAAAGUUGAUCAGACAAAGGUACCGAGAAGCUGCAGAUAUCAUUAAAAAGGGGAAAAUGUGCUGCCUCUUCAUCAACGAUCUUGACGCCGGAGCAGGAAGAAUGGGUGGAACCACCCAAUACACCGUCAACAACCAGAUGGUGAACGCCACCCUCAUGAACAUCGCCGAUAACCCCACCAACGUCCAACUCCCAGGUAUGUACAACAAAGAAGAAAACCCUCGUGUCCCGAUCAUCGUCACCGGUAACGACUUCUCAACCCUCUACGCUCCCCUCAUCCGUGACGGUCGUAUGGAAAAAUUCUACUGGGCUCCAACCAGAGAAGACCGUAUCGGGGUCUGCAUCGGUAUCUUCCGAACAGACGGUGUCACUCCUGAACAAGUUUCCAAGUUAGUCGACACUUUCCCAGGCCAAUCCAUAGAUUUCUUUGGAGCAUUGAGGGCUAGAGUGUAUGAUGAUGAAGUGAGGACGUGGAUUGGAGGUGUGGGAGUGGAAGGCAUUGGAAAGAAGCUUGUGAACUCGAAGGAAGGGCCACCAACAUUCGAGCAACCUGAGAUAACGAUCGACAAACUCCUCGAGUACGGGACCAUGUUGGUUAAGGAACAAGAGAAUGUGAAGAGAGUGCAGUUAGCCGAGACCUAUUUGGAUUCUGCCGCGCUCGGGGAUGCUAACAGGGAUGCCAUUAAAAGUGGAUCUUUCUACGGCAAAGCCGCGCAGCAGGUGCAGGUUCCCGUUCCAGAAGGGUGCACGGACCCUGGUGCUGAGAACUUCGACCCAACGGCUAGGAGUGAUGAUGGAAGCUGCACUUAUUCUUUCUAAAUUUAGAAAUUUUUAAGGGGAAGAAUUGAAGACGAAAGUAUUUCUAUAUUAAGGAUGUCAAACAGUUCCUAUUUAUAUGGGUUGUUGCUACCUCUCUAAUUUUGUUUCUUGAUUAUCAUCAAAUGAAUAAGUUAUUGAGCAAUACAGAAUCAUAUGAUUCAAAA